AUGCAGCAGAUACAACUGCAGCACAUGCACACCGUCUAUGCUAACGCUGAGGUAACGCUGAUAGCCGCAGCCGGCAAGGACGCGUCAGUAGGCCUGCCCGGUGUCCGGGGACGUCCAAGGAACCUGCAACUCAGUGCUCUUGUCCUGGGCCACGCCCUCAUGUGCAUCCCACCAGACCCAACCCUCCACAUCCGCUCGGGCUCAACCUGGGCCACGCGGGGAUGGAUAUACCAGGAGGGCCUGCUGGCACGCCGCCGUCUCUUUUUCUCCGAGCAUGAGAUGUCUUAUGAGUGCCGUCACAUGCUCUGCCGUGAGGCCAUGCGCUUGCCUCCCGACAUAGAACAUCGCAUUUCCGGGUAUAAACCGCGUAUGAUGGAGCCUCUUUGGAUGUACGAGCCAUACAAGCUGCCAGGCAUGGAUGCCUCUCAUACUGGCAUCGGCCUUUUUGGCCUCUUGGCGGCCUAUUUGACGCGACAGCUGUCUAUACCCUCAGAUACCCUCAACGCUAUGCUCGGCAUCCUCAAUCUACUUGCCCAACACAAGAGAAGGCCCGUUUACCAUGUUUGCGGCGUCCCCAUUCUGCGCCUCAAAUCAAAUAGCAACAGCGAUGGUGACAUGGCCGCACGUGUAACCCUUAAUGGUUUCCUCAACGGCCUCUGCUGGCGGCUUCAAGAGCCUGCCCAUCGGCAGCCCGGCUUUCCGAGCUGGUCGUGGACAGGAUGGCAGGGCGUAGUCGAUAGCGUGAGUAACUAUUGGCCUACCGUCAAGCAAAUUCAUGGAUUUGGCGUAGAUAUAUCGAUCAUUCCUUGCAGCCAAGACGGCGGCGCUGCAGUGACAUGGAACUGCUGCUACGAUCAACUCCGAACGGCGGACGACAGCAACCGGGACAUCCGGUCCGGCCAGCAACAUGUCCUCGAGAUCACAGCCAGCGCCGUCACGGUCCGGUUUCGCAAGGGGGAGUACGAGAGUCGCCCCGAUACGUGGAUCGGUACCGUGUGCGCUGGCGAUGGCGUGUGGCAGGGUGAGUUCUUCCCCACUCGCAAGGGCGAAGGUGACGAUGACAACUCGCUGCUGCAAGAGCCGUGGACAGGCAUCGUGUUAGGGAAUUCGAAGAGUGAAUCGUGGUGUACCAGGCACGACAGGCACGACACGACUGUGCUCGUCGUCCGAGAACAAAAGCAGAAGCAGAAGCAGGAGGAGGGGCAGGAACACGCAAAUUGCGAACGUAUCGGCCUGCUCAGUCUUAAAAACUGCACACUCAAGGGCAGUAUAUUGGAACGGCGGACGUGGCGGCUUCUGUGA